AUGUCGCAAUCUGUCUUCAAACUCUAUGCUCACUCAACUAACAAUGCAAACAGCAUCGCUGGCGAACAGCUUUAUUCUGCAACCGAUUCCUCGUCCUCAGAGGUUAUCUAUGUGGAUACAACGCCAGCUACCGAGGCGAUAUCGGAAACAUUCAAUGGAAAGAAGGAUGCAAGCAAACGUGGCAAACAUUCCGUCUUGAUUUGUAGCAUCCCCAACACCCUCAAGACGUACACGUUUGCUCUUGCACGUAAAGGUGUUCGACAUGACUCCUACAUAUGCGUGCAAUGUGAGAAACACAAGGCAUGGAGAAGUAUAAAGGUUAGCCAAGAAGAAAGUACUUCAUAUACAUGGCUAGAUUCUAGGUAA